CAGACAAAAAUAUUUCCACACAAUGGCAUCAUUAGCGACCACUUUAGCCCUAAUUCUUUUCUUGAUCUUCCAUCUCACACCAGAAACAGCUCUAGCUCGCCCUCUCAACGAUCAGAAGCCGGUUGAUGGAGUCGUAACCACCACCACCGAUGAAGCCAAAAACCUAGCCUUUGUAUCUGAUCCGUUCCCUAGUUUGCAGUCAUCACCUCCAACAUCAGCUAUUCCCGGUUCUCCUGGCUUCACGCUUCCGUUUCCAUUCCCGUCAUCACCUCCAGGAGGAGGAGGUAUUCCCGGUAUUCCAGGUUCUCCUGGCUUUAGGCUUCCGUUUCCAUUCCCGUCAUCACCAGGAGGUAUUCCCGGUAUUCCAGGUUCCCCUGGCUUUAGGCUUCCGUUUCCAUUCCCGUCAUCACCAGGAGGUAUUCCCGGUAUUCCAGGUUCCCCUGGCUUUAGGCUUCCGUUUCCAUUCCCGUCAUCACCACCAGGAGGUAUUCCCGGUAUUCCUGGUUCCCCUGGCUUUAGACUUCCGUUUCCAUUCCCGUCAUCACCAUCAGGAGGAGGUAUUCCCGGUAUUCCUGGUAUUCCCGGUUUCCCUGCCUUUAGGUUUCCUCCGUUACCACCUCUAGCAGGAGGAGGUAUUCCUGGUAUUCCCGGUAUUCCUGGUUUCCCUGGAUUUAGGUUUCCUCCGUUACCAUUCCUCCCACCGGCCACUCAGUGAACAUGUCCCGUUGGAUAUGGAGUAAGCUCAUGCUAUUGUAUCGAUAAUGAUCAUGUGUACUCUUAUGAUAUUAAUAAAAUGAGUAUUCUGUGUCGUGUAAUGUAACUUACAUUAUGUAAGUGUAUGUUUAUCUAAUAAAUAAAGACUUCGAUU